AUGAAUGAUAAUAUUCAUUAUCACUCACCCCAACGAAACGUUAAUUAUCAACGACGAUCCGCUAGUGUUGGUGAAUCCUCACUUCCAAUGUGUCUAAAUGAUGAACUUGAAAUUUAUCGGGAGAAUCAAACUACAACCUAUAAUCCAAAUAUAAGACAAUCAGACGAAAAUGAUUAUAUUUGUGUUCCUUUACCACACAGUAACAAUCAAGCGACAGCAAAAACAUGCUGGCGUGCUCGUUCAGCAUUUGCUCCAUCACCAAAAUCUAAUUUUGGACCCAAAGGAACACUUAAAAAAGUACAAAAUAAUGAUCAACUUAUUGUUAUUCAAGAUCCAUCUAGCCAACGUCUACAUUGGAUUUCUCCACCAUAUAAUCUUCUUAUUAUUCGUAAACCAGGUCCACAAACAAUGCCAGAAUUUCGAGAAAUAAUUAUAAAACUACUUAAAGUAAACAUGACGAACAAAUAUCAGAAUUAA